UUACACAAUUUGCCAAAUGCAAAUAUUUUAUAAAUAAUUAUGAUAUUAUUCAUAAUUGUAAAGGAAAAAUUUGUAAUGAUACUGUAGUUCUUUUUAUAAAUGAACAAAAAACUCAACAGUACAAAUACAAUUCUAUCAAUAGAAAAAAAAUUUGUUCUUGUUGUGGUGGUAAUCCUUUAGAAACACAUU